AUGGAUUUCCCCACAUUCUCACCACCUUCCAUCACUAACAAGAACUUUUCCUUUUCAAAACCCCUUCCUUCUGAUUAUUUUGACCCUCCUAAAAUAACCAUUUGCUCCUCUUUUCUCCUUUCCAUCUAUGUUCUUUGUCUUCUCAUCUCUUCUCUUCCAAUCCUCUCCUUCUUGGGGGGGAUUUUUUUAUUAUUCCAGGUAUCUUUGUUAAAGUACUGCCUGGACUUCAGUUUCUUAUUUCCCAGUCUCUUUUACCCAAUUAACUUUCUCAAUCUUUUGUUCCUACUCAUACGUCCAAAACUGCAAUGACAAAAACACCAAUUGGUAAGAAUCCCAAGCAGCGGUCCGUGGAAUCUGGGUUCUCAGCUUCCUCUAACCCAUUCGAUUCAGACUCUGAUUCUGAUAUACAUCAAACCUCUAAACCUGGGAAAGCAUCUUCUGCUCCUAUAACCAGCAAAGCGAAUUCCAAAACCACCCCUUCUAAUGAUGAUGCAAGUGGAGGAGCCUCUUCUGCUGCAAAAAACCGAUACAAGAAUGGCUUCCAUGACUCGGGUGGAUUAGAGAACCAGACAGUGCAAGAGCUGGAGAACUAUGCAGUGUACAAGGCCGAAGAGACUACAAAGGCUGUCAAUGGCUGCCUGAAGAUCGCUGAGGACAUUAGAGAAGACGCUACAAACACUCUGAUCACCUUGCAUCAACAGGGAGAGCAAAUCACCAGGACCCAUAUGACUGCUGCCAACAUUGAUCAUGACCUCAGCAUGGGUGAGAAGCUCUUGGGAAGUCUUGGGGGCAUGUUCUCUAAGACUUGGAAGCCAAAGAAAGCUCGUGCAAUUACUGGGCCCGUGAUUACAAGAGAUGAUUCUUUUAAAAGAAGGGGAAACCAUUUAGAGCAGAGGGAAAGGUUGGGAUUAGCACGUAGUCCCAAAGGAAAAUCAAAUGCUCGACAAAACCCGUCUGCCCCAUCAACUGCACUUGAACAAGUUGAGGUGGAGAAGGCAAAGCAAGACGAUGGCCUUUUGGAUUUAAGUAAUGUGUUGGAUCAGCUGAAGGAUAUGGCUGUUGAUAUGGGAACUGAGAUAGAAAGGCAAAACAAAGCUCUGGAUCAUCUCCAUGAUGAUGUGGAGGAAUUGAACUCCAGGGUAAAAGGUGCCAACCAACGAGGACGUCGCUUGCUUGGGAAAUAGACGGCUGUGGAUGUGAGAAGAGAGGGUAGCCCAGCUGAUCUUGGCGUCUUUUCAUGUGUAUGAUGACUCUGAAAUGUUCUCUUCUUUGCGGUUGUAUUGUGACUUUACAGAGUUCCUAUUUACUAUUAUGUGCUGGUUUUGUACA